CUCCUCAGUAUACAAACACCACCGCGCCUCAUUUCGUCCAAACCACAACAAGCAAAGCAAGCAAAGACAGUCGUGUCAACCACAACCAGUGCUAGAGCAGCUAGCUCAAGAGCAAGUGAUCGGUCGAUGAGCCUGAGGUACAUGAUCAGCAGGGUGGGCGCGCGGGCGGCGCAGGCCGUGCGGGAGGGCACCGCCACCGCCAGGUCCGUCAAGGACAGGGCGCAGCAGCAAUCGGCAUCGUCCAUGGCGAGGACGACCAGGACGCCGACCGCGGCACAGACGGUGGAGUCGGGGACGGGGAGGGCGAGCUCCGCGGCCAUGGCGAGGAAGGCGGCCGAGGAGGAGAGGCGGAGGAGGGCGGCGGAGGAGUCGCUGCGCACCGUCAUGUUCCUCUCCUUCUGGGGCCCAAACACUUGAUUUUCUUGUACUAGCAGAACUUGAUAUUUUGAGUUGUGUAUAGCCGCGUGGUGUGAAGUGGUUUUGUGAGUGCUUAACUUGUGCAAAUUCUGUAUGUUUCACGCGAAAUUAAGCUCCAAAUAUUUGUUUUCCUCUGUCAAA